UACCCGAAUUGAUUAUCGGAUAACAUUUUUUGCUGAAGCUCUAUCAAUUCAACGAGGGGGACAACAAGGACGACGAGAUCGAGGCACUAGAAGCCAGUACGGGACCUGAUAUCGAUGCGCCGAAACCCAACCCCGAAAUAGACGCUAUGUCUUGUAAAUUGACUCCCCGGGGGGCCGCCGCCGCCGCGCGAAAUCUCAGCAUCCGGACGCGACUACCACACACAUUAGCGCUACAACGAAUAGCCCGGUCGAGCAAGGCACCAGCACAACGGACGCCAUUCUUAAUAACGAGACGUGGGCUUUCAGAUGACAUCAAUUCGAGACCACCGCCACCAGGCGACAACUCCGACCUACCCCCACCACCACCUCAAGAACCCUCAGAACCCUCAGAAGUCGCAGCGCCGGGCGAGUACGUGCCCCGACCACCCGAGAUCUUCGCGCAAAACUUCCUCAACGAAGAGGCCAUUGCGGCGCUCCAGAAGGCCUCCGAGGGCUACAACGUAUACGACGAAGAGGCCGAGGGUCUGCUAUUCGACAAGCCCGAAAAAGUCGGCAAGAACGAGCAGCUGCAGAACCGAUACCACCCCGUCGUGGAUCAGGUCACGAAGCUUCUCAUGAAAGACGGGAAGCUCAGCAAGGCGCAGAGACACAUGACCCUAAUCCUCAACUACCUCCGCACCAACCCGGCCCCCAAAGUCUCCCCCCUCCGGCCCCUCCUCCCGGGCUCCCCACCCCCCUCCCAACUCCCACUAAACCCUCUCCUGUACCUAACUCUCGCAAUCGAGUCCGUCGCGCCCAUAAUCCGCAUCGCAUCCAUCAAAGGCGCCGCCGGCGGAGGCCACGCUCUCGAAGUGCCCGAGCCACUGGCCGCGCGUCCGCGUCGGCGAACGGCGAUAAUGUGGAUAAUAGACGCGGUGCUCAAGAAGCGGGGGACGGGGUCCGGACGCGCGCAGUUCGCGACGCGGUUCGCGCAGGAGAUAGUGGCGGUUGUUGAGGGGCGGUCCGGGGUGUGGCAGAAGCGCGAGGCGGUGCAUAAGCUGGGCACUGCUUCGCGGGCUAAUUUGACGCAUCGCGCUGUUACUGGUGCGAAGAUGGGGAGGUCUGCGAAGUAAGGGGGACUUGGUUGUUCUUCUCUGGCUCGCUGGCUGUGGGGUUUGGUGGUUGGGUUGUCAACGAGGUGGAUUUCUUGUCUAUGCGUUGAGAUGUGUAGGUAGGCUUCUGAGCUAUGUAGGUACCUACUCUGCGUCGAGAUACGGAAAUAGACUUGUGUAUAAAGGAACUGAAGACGAUGAAUGUAUCGCUUGCUACUUAGUGAUUUUGUGAUGACUGAUGGACGUGCCUUGGACUCAAGCCUUGAAGUUUGACUGCUCCAUCCUGUAACUUAGAUCGCCUAAUAACAUAUUGGCCUUGAGGAGAAGUUAAAAAGAAGGCUUUAUCCGACGGUCCAAUUUUAGAAAUGUGUUGCUACA